UUCAGUUUGAAACCGGAGCUCAUCCAAGUCAGCUCACCAGCAGUAAGCCUCCACCGUAGUGUGUACGCGUGUGUGUGUUUUUGGAAGCUCGUACGAAACGUUUUGCGCAACAAACAAUGCGCAAAAUGCAUCGCUCGUUCGUCAAUGUGCUGCAGCUGGUGCUGCUAGUGGCGGUAAUGGUGUUACUAAGUGAUUUAUCAAGCGUUUCCGGCGCUUCUAGCAAUCCGCUAGCCGAUGACGAGGAGGUGACAAACGCUACGAUGGGUAUUGUGGAAAGUGUAUCCACUGCCCGUGCCGCUAUGGAACGCUUCAAGCAGAGCGUCCCAAGUGUGGACUAUCUGCAGCUGGCCACAGCCGGGCUGCAGGAAUAUGUGGCCAAUGUUACUGGGAGGUUCGAGGCAACGUUUAAAGACUUCACCACGCGUGAGCUUGAAUCGGUGCAGCACGCACUGAUCGAAACGAUCCGCUACCUGAACGGGUACGAGUCCGUCAACUCGAUCUCGAUGCUGCAAAACCUCGACUACAGCAUGUACAACCACAACCUGCUGCGCUCGAUCAACAGUGAUUUGCGGAUCGCAUCGAUCAGUCUGUCGGAGGCGUUGUUCGAGCAGCGCGACGUGAGCGUCGCGGUGGAUGACAUCUUUGCCGCAACGGAUAAGCUGCAGGAAAAUGUGAUCCGACUGGCGGACGUUAUAGAGAAAGGGGAGGCUUGGACGGUGGAAACGAAUGCACGGGCCCUGGCCGCCCAGCAAGGGUUCAACGAAUCGAUCGACCAGUACCUGAACGGGUCACUGACGCAGGUGGAAGAUAUCGUAACGGCGCUGGAUGAUUUGCGCACCUACGAGGAGGAUAUGUACCGGCGGUUUAAGGAGAAGAUCUCGAUCACCUUCCCAAAAUCCACCACCAACUACUUUAUCGCGCUGAAGAAAGCGCUCGAAAAUACGAUCCAGAAGAUACGCAUCAACUUCGAGAAUCUGAAGCUCUACAAGCACCGAGACAUUGAGCAGUGGCAGUCGCGUGGUUCCAUCACCGCCCCAAUCGGUUACAUGACGCAGGUUGCGGUGCAGGUCGCAUCCGAUCCGAUGCUCUCGAACGAUUGCACCGAGUCGUACAUCGACAAGGUGCUCACAUUCCCGAACUUUACGCUCGCCCACGUGAACGGUUGCCUGGCGGAGCAGACGGCAAGCGAGGAGAAAACGUUCGCGAUCAUCGCGCAACUGCUCGACACGUACGUGGUCGGGGCGAUCAAUGCGUCGUACGGUGCGUUUGACAUCUGCUUCCGGUAUGCGCCGCGCAAGCUCAACCAGUGUUUGGAGUUGAACGGUUACGAAAACAAUUGGGCUAAUGGAAGAAUCUAUAAUGCGGCCAAACAGGUGGAAUCGUUGGUGGAUGGUGAGAUACAGCACAACUUCAAUGCAUGUGUAGCGCAGAACGGGUACUUUCUGAAUUAUCACAACAUUCAGGAGAUGUGCAUCUACAGCAAGAAACGAACGCGCUAUCGUAAUCGGUGGACAAAGAAGUAG